GGGUAUAGGCUAGACUGACAGAGGUCCAUGGUGUAAAAGAGGUUAAGAAUUUUUCUUGUUCAUACGCAUUGCUUACAGGAUAUAAUCUAAACUUUAGUAUGGGAUUCGAGGUAUGUCACAACCUGUCCACACCCACCCCUAUCUUCCCUUCUUUGCUCUAGCUGCAGCAGACAACAGUAACCUUCUCUGAGCUGGAGGUGGGUGGACACGUUCUGCAUUCACCCUGGUUAACAGAGCAGUCAGGUCGUCUCCGGUUUCCCUCUUCUGUCUGCCCAGUGGAUUCUUUGUUUAAAGGUCUGUCUUCCCUCACCCUCUGAGAUCCCAUCAGGGCUAUACUUGAAACACUUUUAGAACUCAUCCAACUUGGAUGAUGGAUGGAAUGAGAACUAAAAGGCAGAUUCUAUGUUGGCAAGGCACCGCGUGUAGCUCUCUCUGGGGUGAGUGGGUCUUUAAAUCUCUUUUUGGGGACAGAAAUAGGGAUGGCCCUUGUGUUCUAAGGCUGGAGAUGCCGUCUAAAUCCUGGACGGAGGGGAAAGGGACAGGAAAGAGCACUCGUUAAGUGACCAGACUGAGACUGAGGGAUGAAACCGGGACAGAGGAGGAGGCAGGAGUGGCUCCUUCCACUUCCCAGAACAGUUAUUCAGAACUCUUUAUCGCUCUGCUCAAGCUUCUCAAUCGACUCAGCUCUCGCGCUCAUCACAUGAUCCCAUUUUAACAUCACAGGGCCAACUCCCUCAACUUCCUGCCCUUACAUACUUCCCAUCUUUUCCUCCUCUCAAGUGGAUCCUAACCCUCAGUAUUAGUCACUUGAAGAGCUUUAACAAAAAUACUGCCGGGGCUGGCUCAGUGGUAAGGCAGUGCUCCGGAGAAGCUGGGUCCCGCACUGCAGCGGAUUCCUGUCCCCAGCGGCCUGAAACACACCAGGACACGCACUUCUUUUGCCAUGAAAAUGGUUUGCACGGUCUUGAACACACACCCUCCAUGCUGAUGGGACAGGAUCCAAUAUGAGUAUAAAUGAUGGAGGAAGACGACGCUUUGAGGAUAACGAGCACACGUUGCGUAUAUAUCCCGGGACAAUUUCAGAAGGGACCAUCUACUGUCCGAUUCCUGCCAGAAAAAACACCACAGCUGCAGAGGUGAUCGACUCUCUGAUAAACCGACUUCAUCUGGACAAAACAAAAUGUUACGUUCUAGCAGAGGUCAAGGAGUUUGGUGGAGAAGAAUGGAUACUCAAUCCCACAGACUGUCCAGUCCAGCGAAUGAUGCUGUGGCCCCGAAUGGCUCUGGAAAACCGCUCGAGUGGAGAGGACUACCGCUUUCUUCUGAGAGAGAAAAACCUUGACGGGUCAAUUCACUAUGGCAGCCUUCAGUCAUGGCUGCGGGUAACGGAAGGGCGCCGCAGGAUGGUGGAGCGGGGCUUUCUCCCACAGCCGCAGCACAAGGAGUUUGACGAUCUCUGCAGCUUACCCGACCUGAACGAGAAAACGCUACUAGAAAACCUACGGAAUCGCUUCAAGCAGGAAAAGAUCUAUACCUACGUGGGCAGCAUUCUGAUAGUGAUUAACCCCUUCAAGUUUCUUCCCAUUUACAACCCCAAAUACGUCAAGAUGUACGACAACCACCAGCUGGGAAAGCUCGAGCCCCAUAUUUACGCGGUGGCCGACGCGGCCUACCAUGCCAUGCUUCAGCGCAGGAAGAACCAGUGCAUCGUGAUCUCGGGCGAGAGCGGCUCUGGGAAGACUCAGAGCACAAACUUCCUCAUUCACCACCUCACUGCACUCAGUCAGAAAGGCUUUGCCAGUGGAGUGGAGCAGAUUAUUCUUGGAGCGGGGCCAGUGCUUGAGGCCUUCGGAAAUGCAAAAACAGCACAUAAUAACAAUUCAAGCCGUUUUGGCAAGUUUAUUCAAGUAAAUUACCAGGAGACAGGCACUGUGCUUGGUGCCUAUGUUGAAAAAUACCUACUGGAGAAGUCCAGACUUGUUUAUCAGGAGCAUAAUGAACGGAACUACCAUGUAUUCUACUACCUCCUGGCAGGAGCAAGCGAAGAAGAGAGGUUAGCCUUCCACCUUAAGCAGCCAGAGGAGUAUCAUUACCUCAAUCAGAUAACAAAGAAACCCCUCAGACAGAGCUGGGAUGAUUAUUGCUAUGACUCUGAGCCGGAUUGCUUCUCUGUGGAAGGAGAAGAUUUGAGGCAUGACUUUGAGCGCUUGCAGCUUGCCAUGGAAAUGGUAGGAUUUCUUCCCAAGACGCGAAGACAGAUUUUCUCUCUCCUCUCGGCAAUACUACAUUUGGGUAAUAUCUGUUACAAAAAGAAGACGUAUCGGGAUGACUCCAUUGAUAUCUGUAACCCUGAAGUUCUGCCUGUUGUCUCAGAAUUAUUAGAAGUGAAAGAAGAGAUGCUGUUUGAAGCGUUAGUUACGAGGAAGACCGUGACGGUGGGAGAGAAGCUGAUUUUACCAUACAAGCUGGCAGAGGCGGUGACAGUGAGGAACUCCAUGGCCAAGUCUCUCUACAGUGCCUUGUUUGAUUGGAUAGUUUUCCGGAUUAAUCACGCACUUCUGAAUAGUAAGGAUUUGGAACACAAUACCAAGACUUUGUCUAUUGGUGUUCUUGAUAUUUUUGGGUUUGAAGAUUAUGAAAACAACAGCUUUGAACAAUUUUGUAUUAAUUUUGCUAAUGAACGUUUACAACACUACUUUAAUCAGCAUAUAUUUAAAUUAGAGCAAGAGGAAUACAGAGCUGAAGGUAUAAGCUGGCACAACAUAGAUUAUAUUGAUAACACCUGCUGCAUAAAUCUCAUUAGCAAAAAACCAACAGGACUGCUCCAUCUUUUGGAUGAAGAAAGCAAUUUCCCACAGGCUACCAAUCAGACAUUGCUAGACAAGUUCAAGCAUCAACAUGAAGGUAAUUCCUACAUCGAGUUCCCAGCUGUGAUGGAGCCUGCUUUCAUCAUAAAACACUAUGCUGGAAGGGUCAAGUACGGGGUGAAGGAUUUCCGGGAAAAAAAUACAGAUCAUAUGCGCCCAGACAUCGUAGCUCUUCUGCGAAGUAGCAAGAAUGCAUUUAUCUCGGGGAUGAUUGGAAUUGACCCUGUAGCUGUCUUCCGAUGGGCAGUUCUCCGGGCUUUUUUUAGAGCCAUGGUUGCUUUCAGGGAAGCUGGGAAAAGACACAUUCAGAGGAAGUCUGGACAUGAUGAUACAGCGCCAUGUGCCAUUUUGAAAAGUAUGGAUAGUUUUAGCUUUCUCCAACACCCAGUGCACCAGAGGAGCUUAGAGAUUCUGCAGAGGUGCAAGGAAGAGAAGUACAAUAUAACUCGGAAAAAUCCCAGAACACCUCUUUCUGAUCUCCAAGGCAUGAAUACCCUGAAUGAAAAGCACCAGCAUGAGACAUUUGCUGUUGCCUGGAAUGGAAGGACCGGGAUUCACCAAAGCAGGCUAUCAAGCAGCACCUCCUUGCUGGACAGAGACGGGGUGUUUGCUAACUCAGCGAGCAGCAAGCUUCUGGAGAGGGCCCACGGGAUUCUCACGAGAAACAAAAAUUUCAAAUCCAAGCCUGUUCUUCCAAAGCAUUUGCUAGAGGUAAAAUCUUUAAAGCACCUGACAAGGCUAACCCUGCAGGAUCGGAUUACCAAGUCGCUUCUUCACUUGCACAAGAAGAAGAAGCCGCCCAGCAUCAGCGCCCAGUUUCAGGCGUCACUGAGUAAGCUGAUGGAGACACUCGGUCAAGCAGAGCCGUAUUUUGUGAAAUGCAUCCGCUCUAAUGCUGAGAAGCUGCCCUUACGAUUCAGUGAUGCCUUGGUACUUAGGCAGCUCCGAUACACUGGGAUGCUGGAGACAGUUCGAAUCCGCCAGUCAGGAUACAGCUCCAAAUAUCCUUUCCAGGAUUUUGUGAGCCACUUCCAUGUACUUCUUCCCCGAAAUAUUAUUCCAUCCAAAUACAACAUUCAGGAUUUCUUCAGGAAAAUAAAUCUUAACCCAGAUAAUUACCAAGUUGGGAAAACCAUGUUAAUUUCUCCAUUGUCUCCUGCUGCCUCAUUGCUUUCUGACCCGUGCUACCCCAGCGGAACCCUCUGUCUCUCCCGCAUACUGGCCUUCUCUUUGCCUCUUUGGGUAUACAAUAUUUACCUGCUCUUAAAGGUCUUCCUAAAGGAACAGGAGCGCCAGCGCCUACAAGACCUGCUCCACCGAGAGGUGCUCCGCAGGAUCACUGUGCUGCAGCGCUGGGUCAGGGUCCUGCUGUGCAGGCAGCACUUCCUCCAACUGAGACAGGCGUCCAUUGUGGUCCAGCGGUGGUGGAGGAGCUACCUGCACCAGAAGCACUUCAGAGCUGCAGCCGUGCGGAAGGACGCCCUCACGAUGGCCAGCGCAGCCACUCUCCUCCAGGCCUCCUGGCGCGCUCACUUAGGGAGGCAGCGCUACGUGGCGCUGCGGGCCGCGGCCGUUGUCCUCCAGCAGAGGUGGCGGGAGCAGCGCAGGCGCAGGCACACGGCCGCUGCCCGCAUCCAGGCCUGGUGGAAAGGUCACAGGCAGAGGAAGAAGUACCAGGAGCAGAGGAACAAAAUUAUUCUCUUGCAGUCAGCCUGUAGAGGAUUCAGAGCAAGACAGAGAUUGAAAGCUUUGAAGGAACAGAGGCUAAAAGAAGCAAAGCUAGACCUUGGCUUGGUGACUGCUGUGGAGGCACAGGGAGCCCUGGACAUUCAGGGUUCAGACCCUUCGGAAUGGGAGGACCGUUCCUUUGACAGCAGAGUGAAAGCUGUGGAGGAGCGGAAGUCUGAGGUAGAGAGUAGUAGGAUUGGCCGGGGGAGCUCGGUGGACUGCUCGAAGGAGUGCACAGACCAGCGACAGGAGAGAGCCAGGAGCCAGAGUGGAGUGGAUUUGCAAGAAGGUGUGAUUGUUAGAGAGAGGCCCAAGUCCUUGGAGGACCUCCAUCAGAGGAAAGUCGGCCGGGCUAAAAGGGAAAGUCGGAGGAUGCGAGAACUAGAACAAGCUAUAUUUAGCUUAGAGUUGCUGAAAGUCCGUUCCCUCGGGGGCGUGUCUCCUUCAGAGGAACGCAGAUGGUCUACGGAGUUGGUGCCUGAAGGCCUUCAGUCUCUACAGGGAACGCCUGAUAGUGACAGCUCUCAAGGAAGCUUGGAACUCCUGAGCUGUGAGGAAAGCUCGAAGAGCAGCGUGCAGUCCACGGUGGAGGGUGACGGGGACGCGCUGGUGCCUUCCCCUCGGCUCUUGGGCGGUCCAGGACGUGGUUCACAGGGCAGCACCCUCCGUGCCUCGCGUGAGACUAGCCAUGCAUCCACUCGAGAGGGAGCCGCCUCCGACUCAGAGCACUUGAAGAGUGGGACUGCGAAGGAGAAGCCCACCUGUGCAUCGCAGCCUGUCCCCUGUAAACCACAGCAGAGAGAACCCUUCCUCUCAAAUAGCCUGCCGACGUUUUUCUAUAUUCCCCAACAAGACCCGCUGAAGACGAGCUCCCAGCGAGACACAGCUAUCCAAAGAAACAGAGUCUCGGACAGUGAAGACACACGAGGGGCAGCUCUUACUUCAGAUAUCAGCAGGGACACUAGAAAGUGUCACUUCUCCGAAGAUCAACUUGGUCCUUCUUCGCAUACAGAUCCUGCUAAUGCUGUACUUAAGAAGUUAGAAAAGCUCAACACUGAGAAGGAAGAAAGGCAGCGGCAGUUGCGGCAGCAGAAUGAAAAAGAGAUGAUGGAACAGAUUCGCCAGCAAACAGAUAUUUUAGAGCAGGCGCGUAAAGCCUUCGAGACCACUGAAAAGCCAAGAACAGUGGAGCCUUUCCAGGAAACGCCUUUCUACCAGACAAAGCAGCGAGCAGAGAGGCCAUCUUCUCUCCUCAUUCUCAGUGCCCCUAAGGGGGAACCUGGUGUGGUCGGGUCCCCGUCAGUAGCUACUAAAGAUACAGCUCUUGCCUCACAUGACAGUCCCGCUGCUCACUUACGCUCAAAGGAUCGACCUGUUACCCUGUUCUUUGACAGAAAAGGAAGCUCCUACCAGUCUGGUGUUGUCAGGGAACUGUCCACGGCAGACGGAGUGGGCACCCCGCUAAACGUAGCCUGUAAACUCUCUCAUAAUCGUGUUUCAAAAAGAGAACACCACAGGCCCACUCAGUCACAUGGCCAUAGAUCGGAUGGCUCUUCCAGAGAGGGAAGCACUAGGGCCAUUUUCUUCACGCCAAAGGACAAUAAGAGUUUCCUCCUCACCAAUAAGGAGUCCUUAAACGGUGGAAACCCUCAGCUCCACAAACAAGAUGAGCCAGCUAGGAGACCCAUGAAGUUAGUGGGGCUGGGCCACGGAGAGCAGGUUGCCAGACCGGCCCAUAAAAAGAAAGCUCGCAUGGCGCGGACGCGCUCCGAUUUCUUGACUAGAGGUACUUUUGCCGAUGGGGAGGGGGACACAGAGGAAGAUGAUUACGAUGACAUUCUUGAGCCCCUUCUGUCCCUUGAUCAAGCUUCUCACUCUGAGCUAGGGCCUGUACCCAGCCUGGGUCAGGCGUCUCACAGUGACUCCGAAAUGACAUCACAGCGCUCUUCUUCAAUGGAUGAGCAAGCCAAGCUUCAUAAGGCUAUGUCUCAAGGGGAGAUUACGAAGUUGGCAGUGAGACAGAAGGCUUCAGAUUUGGAUAUAAGACCUCAGAGAGCUAAAAUGAGAUUCUGGGCCAAAGGGAGACAAGGGGAGAAGAAGACUCCCCGGGCGAGGCCUGCCACGCAGUCAGAGGCUUCCACACUCCCAGCUGGCUCCGACGCGACUCCGGCUCGCCACUUUCCAGAUGAAUUAGUCACUCAGUAUCACUCAACACCUCCAUUGAGCCCAGAACUGCCUGGUAGUUGCCGUAAGGAGUUCAAAGAGAACAAGGAGCCUUCUCCAAAGGCAAAGCGCAAACGAAGCGUGAAGAUCAGCAACGUGGCUUUGGAGUCUGCACAUUGGCAGAACGACUCUGCCCAGAUCAUAACGAGUGCCGGCGAUUUAAAAAGCAUGGAUGACUUCCUCCUGAAGAAGAUGAAUGACCUGGAUAAUGAAGACAGCAAGAAAGACACGCCGGUGGAUGUUGUAUUUAAAAAAGCCCUGAAGGAGUUUCGACAGAAUAUCUUCAGCUUCUAUUCAUCUGCGUUGGCAAUGGAUGACGGGAAGAGCAUACGGUAUAAGGACCUCUAUGCACUAUUUGAACAGAUUCUGGAAAAGACCAUGAGGCUUGAGCAGCGUGAUUGGCGUGAAUCUCCAGUAAGAGUCUGGGUGAACACUUUUAAAGUGUUCUUAGAUGAGUACAUGAAUGAAUUCAAGACUUCAGAUUGCCCAGCCACCAAGGUGCCAAAACCAGAAAGAAAGAAAAGGAGGAAGAAGGAGGCGGACCUGGUGGAAGAGCACAACGGUCACGUCUUCAAGGCCACCCAGUACAGCAUCCCUACCUACUGUGAAUACUGCUCUUCGCUCAUAUGGAUAAUGGACCGGGCCUCUGUGUGCAAGCUAUGCAAGUAUGCGUGUCAUAAAAAGUGUUGUCUGAAAACCACAGCCAAGUGUUCUAAAAAGUAUGAUCCAGAGCUGUCAUCUCGACAGUUUGGAGUUGAACUGUCGCGUUUGACCAGUGAAGAUCGAACUGUUCCGUUAGUGGUGGAGAAGCUUAUCAACUACAUUGAGAUGCAUGGACUGUAUACCGAAGGAAUUUACCGGAAGUCUGGCUCAACUAACAAGAUCAAGGAGCUUCGGCAAGGUCUGGACACAGAUGCUGAGAAUGUGAACCUAGACGACUAUAACAUACACGUCAUUGCAAGCGUGUUCAAACAAUGGCUGCGUGAUCUGCCCAAUCCACUCAUGACCUUUGAGCUCUAUGAGGAGUUUCUUCGAGCUAUGGGCCUUCAGGAGAGGAAGGAGACAGUCCGUGGUGUGUACUCGGUGAUUGACCAGCUCUCUCGGACUCAUCUCAAUACCCUGGAACGCCUCAUUUUUCAUCUAGUCAGAAUUGCUCUGCAAGAAGACACUAAUCGGAUGUCUGCUAACGCUUUGGCCAUUGUGUUUGCGCCCUGCAUUCUCCGCUGCCCGGACACCACUGACCCUCUGCAGAGCGUGCAGGACAUCAGUAAGACCACAACCUGUGUGGAAUUGAUUGUCGUGGAGCAAAUGAAUAAAUACAAGGCUCGUCUCAAAGACAUCAGUAGCCUGGAAUUUGCUGAAAAUAAGGCAAAGACCAGGCUGUCGCUGAUUCGCAGAUCCAUGGGCAAGGGGCGUAUUCGUCGAGGAAACUUCCCAAGUCCGUCCUCACCCGUUGUGGUCCGAUUGCCCUCGAUGUCCGACGUCCCGGAGGAGACGCUGACCCGCGAGGCAGCCGCGGAGCCUGAGCUCACAGAGCAGCAGCAAGCGGCCAUGCAGCAGGAGGAGCGGGUGCUGACCGAGCAGAUCGAGAACCUGCAGAAAGAGAAGGAGGAGCUCACGUUUGAGAUGCUCGUGCUGGAACCCCGUGCCUCUGACGACGAGACCCUGGAGUCGGAGGCCUCCAUCGGGACUGCUGACAGCUCAGAAAACCUGAGUCUGCAGUGCGAGGGCGCCGUCUCUGAGAGAUCAGAGAGAAGCUCAGCCCUCAGCUCUCUGAAGGCAGCUGGCAAGUCUGAACCGUGGAGUAAGUCGCGAAAGCAGCUAAGAAAGCAGCCAGACUCUCUGGAUUCGGGGGACCCGCCCGUCUCUUCCUUGCGUCUGUCCAACACCGCGUUGCCUCACGGGACCAGAAAGCGAUUUCAGAUUUAUUCCAAAUCUCCCUUCUACCGAGCUGCCUCAGCUGCCGAGGCCCCAGGAACGGAAGGCCUGCCAGGCCAGACCAGAGCCCUGGAAGACAGGCCUCAGUUCAUCAGCAGAGGGACCUUCAACCCCGAAAAGGGCAAACAAAAAUUAAAGAAUGUGAAAAACUCACCUCAGAAAACCAAAGAGACCCCCGAGGGGACAGUCCUGUCUGGCCGCAGGAAAACCGUAGACCCAGACUGCAGCUCCACGCAGCCGCUCGCGCUCUUCGGGAACAGCGAGUUUAUGGUCUGAGCUGGCAGGCCCUGUCCCUCACGCGUCUGCAGCACUCCACCCUACGUGUGCCCUGCUCGCGCCUGUGCACAUGGCGAUGGGCUUGUGGCUGGCAGCCGGUUCCUGGCCUCCUGCAGAAGCAGGCCCUUCCAGAGCCCGCGAGGUGGUGCCGG